AUGUUUCGCAAAUCCCACGAUAAGAAAUGCGACACUCCCGAUUUUACUCCUCAUUACUACAAUCUGGAUCUUCCAAUUGAUGCAACUCAAAAAGAUAUCAAGGAAGCAUAUCGUCGCCUUGUCAGGAUAAUCCAUCCGGACAAAUUCAGAGACCCAGAUCAAAAGGGAUCAGCCUUCACUGCCAUUCAACUUAUUACUGAGGCGUAUGAGGUGCUGAGCGAUGAAGAAAAACGCGAGGAAUAUCGACUGUUGAUCAACAAUUAUCAGAAGUACAGAUUCGAGACUAAAUGGGAACUUGACUACUGGGAUGAGAAAUGGCGUAAGAAGCAUCAUCGAGAUAAAGGUAUAAGGCCCAAGCCAUGGUUUUGGCAUUAUGACCCCCUUGCAGCUGGAGGUAUGUGCAUUAGUGAUGAGGAGGACGAUGUUGGGACGCACAAAAGGUUUUGCACUGCAACCUGGGUAAAUCUUGCGCACUUACUUGUAGACAACGGAUUGUCUAAUACCAUAAGCGACAACAUAUGGCGUCGCGCUGAAACCUGGAGAGAUGGAGCACUCAACGAAACGCAGACUCAGCCCAUAUAUAUGGACUUCCAACGUGGCUGCGAAAACUUUCAACUUAAAAUCAUGAAGAAGGAAGCUUUCAUUCCAUGGUCACAAAUCCCAUCAAACACCGAUUGGGGGCCAACUCUAGGAUACGCGUGUGAAUUAUUCUGCCCCGAUAUCUUAAUUGUACCUAUAAUGAUUAUCCUGAUUAUCUUUUAUCUCUUCCUGUUCAUUUGUGUAAGGAUAUUCAGGUACCUCACAAGAUCACCUACACCCGCUUUUUGGCCAGAAUCCGCAAUAUCUACUCCUACUUUGGCAGAUCCACUCAUGGAUGAUAUCAUGACGCGAUCACGAAGGGCGUCUCAUGCCAGUGCUCCACGUCGGCAAGGCUCUUCGAGCCCAUCAGAGCAGGACUAUUAUGCUGAUGAAGAAAUCUACCCCGGGGACACAUCGUCACAACCACAAUUUCAUACCGCAGUAACAUCACGACGUCGAUCUCCCACAAUCCCUUCAGACAAAUCGUCACCAACGCAACAAUUUCAUAGUGCGGUGGAAACACCAGGUCGAUCCUCUACAAAUCCUUCGAAUAAAUCAUCAACGCAGUUUUACAGCGCAGUAGCAACACAAGGUCGAUCUGCCACAAACCCUUCGGAGAGAUCACCAACAACCCAAUCCAACAGAGCAGGAGCAGAGCCUCAACAAGAACCCAUGAACCCCUCCCAACUUCUCUCCUUAACAUCCUCCGAAAGACAUUAUUACUAUUCCGACAAAAACGACCUACCACUACGAGAACGACGGGACCCGUCCGUCAUCCCCGAACCUUUGUGCCCUCGCUUCGUACACUACGAAGAUGAAGACUAUGCCGACGAUGAGUUUUCUCCACGACUUUGCGUGGCGCUCACAGCGACGGGGAAACCCUGUCAAAGAAGAGUAUCGAUCGUAACACCACUUAGUGGUUCUACGGUUGAUGGUCUCGUCUCCCCGCUUUGUUUUCAGCAUCGGAAUAUUAGAAAAUGGGUUCGAAGUAACAAAGAAGAUCUCAACGAGCAAGAUACAUCGCGGACACCAGGCAGAUUGCUCUCAUUGACUAAAUCACCUGUUGUGGGGAAAACGAGAUCGUCAGGUAGAUUAGCUCACUAG